CUUACGAAACAUCAUUGUUGGAAUCUACGCCUGUAAAUGAUAGAUUUUUUGCUCUGGCAGCUAGCGAUGCAGAUCUAGGAUCGAACGGGAAAAUAUCGUAUGCCAUCACCGAGGGAAACAAAGAAGGAAAAUUCGGCGUUUUUCCUGAUGGGUAUUUGUAUGUGAGGAAAAUGUUGGAUCGUGAAGAUAAGGACUAUUACUCGCUAUCAGUGACAGCUAGAGAUGAAGGUAAUCCAUCGAGGUCUUCUGUUGUGCCAGUGGUCAUCCACGUUAUAGAUGAAAACGAUAACAGCCCUGAAUUUACGAAUAGCACGUUCUCAUUCAGCAUCAGAGAAAACGAACCUCCAGAUUCUUUCGUAGGAAAACUGACUGCGAGCGAUAAAGACAUCGGUAGAAAUGCAGAGUUGAUAUUUUCUUUGGCCACUUCCCAGAACGAUUUUGCCAUUGAUCCAAAAAACGGUUUCAUCAAAACUUUACACGUUUUCGAUCGUGAGGAUUUGAUGUUGACGACUGGUCAGAAUUUCAUAACGCUAGAAGCUUCUGUCGCUGAUAAUGGAGUGACCAGACUCAAAGAUAAAGUGAAGGUGAACAUUUUCAUAACUGAUGUGAAUGAUAACCCGCCCAAGUUUCUCAGAGCCCCAUUCAAAGUACAGGUUUCGGAGGGAUCGACGAAAGGCGCGCAAGUACUGAGACUGUACACUAGUGACGCCGAUGAAGGUCUAAACGGAGACGUAUUCUACAAGAUCAUCGGAGGAAACGAUGACGGUCGUUUCGACAUUGAUGAAGCAACGGGGCAAAUAACGUUGCUCAGGUCUCUGGAUCGAGAAACCACGUCGAAAUACACGCUAACGGUAGUAGCUCACGACGCUGGCAUUACCAAACAAUUAUCCACCUCGACGACUGUCCUGAUUGAUGUUCUAGAUGAGAACGAUAACGCUCCCGAGUUCACUCAGACCGAGUCUAGGAUAUCGACCAGCGAAACGACUCCGGUGAACACGGAGCUGGUGCGAUUCCGGGCGAGCGAUCUAGACUUAGGCGUGAACAGCGAGGUGGUGUACUCGAUAACUGCAGGAAAUCGAAAAGACACGUUCCACGUUGACGCGCUGACAGGAGUGUUGCAUUUGCAUAAACCGUUAGACUACGAGGACCUCGCCGCCUAUCACCUCAACAUCACGGCAUCCGAUAACGGCCAUCCGCGAUUAUCCACCACUAUUUUGUUCGCCAUCGCCGUCGAAGAUGCAAACGAUAACCCACCCGCGUUCGCUAGCACGGCCAUUGUUCGGCAAAUUCGCGAAGGAAUUCCCAUACACACCCCGAUCGUAACGGUCACCGCUGACGAUCCAGAUUCCGGAGCUAACGGCAAGGUCUCCUACGCUAUAUCUUAUCAGGACCCGGAAGACGCUCAACGCCACUUCGGGAUCAACCCCAUUACGGGGGUUAUUCACACCCUGCUACCAAUAGACCGAGAGACCAUCGAUACCUUCAGGCUGACGGUGGUAGCGACUGACCAAGCGGAGCCACCCUCUAAAAGACUGUCUGCCGAUAAACUGGUGACGGUCAUAGUCGAGGACGUUAACGAUAACGCCCCUAUAUUCGUAUCCAUGAACGCCGCCGUGCUACCCAAAGUCACCAAGGCCUACCGUCACAAAGUAUCUAUUAUGACAGUUUUCGCCAGGGAUCUGGACUCGGCCACCAACGGAAUAGUGACUUACGAGCUGGCCAGCGGUAACAGUGACUCGUUCGAACUGGACCAGAGCUCAGGAGCCCUAAGACUGCGAAGAGCCAUCCAGGACCCGGAGCCCACCUACAGAUUAUCAGUUAAAGCCACGGACGAGGCGGUGCAAAGCGAACGAAGGUCCACCGAGUCCUACCUGACGAUAAUCGCGACUGAUGAUGGAGAUUCGGGGCCGAGAUUCGAGAGUGACUCGCUGUCCGGAGACGUGUACGAGAACGAGCCAGUGGGAACGAGUAUUUUGACGGUUUUCGCGAAAUAUCAAGUCGGCGAGGUGGAGUAUUACGUAACGAAUGUGACGGGCGGUGGUGCUCAGGUGGACAGAUUGUUCGAUAUAGAUGCUAAGCUGGGAGUGUUGUCCACUGCCACUGAGUUGGACAGGGAGUCUGGAGUUGAUGUGUACGAGGUCGAGGUGUAUGCUAUCGUGACUGGAGCUGGCGUCAUCAGAACAUCCAAAACUAAGGUCCAGAUCACCGUGUUGGACAAAAACGACAGCCCCCCCUCCUUCGAGGCCGCCCCUCUCCGUUUCACCGUCUCCGAGGAUCUGGUUGCCGGCCAGCCGAUAGCUACUAUCGCGGCGAUCGAUCCGGACACGAUCGGAACCUUGCGGUACACCCUGAUACGUGGUGGCGACGGCAGGUUCGCUCUGGACUCAGCUAGCGGCGUGCUGCGAUUGGUCGAUUCACUGGACAGGGAGACCGAGGACGACUACAAAUUGACGGUGAGGUGCAGCGAUGGCAACCAGCACACCGAUACCAUCGUUACCGUUGAGGUCACAGACACCAAUGACAAUCCACCGGCGUUCCUCGAGAGCGCCUACUCUUUCGACGUGCCAGAAAACGCGGCCAGAGGAUCCAGAGUGGGCCAGAUCCAGGCCGUCGAUCCAGAUUUGGGCGUCAAUGCCCAGCUGACCUAUUCCGUCGUCAGCGAUUGGGCCAACGACGUGUUCUCCUUGAAUCCGCAAACUGGAGUCUUCACUCUCACAUCCAAACUGGAUUACGAAGAGAUCCAGCACUACAUCUUGGUGGUCCAAGCUCAAGAUGCUGGGCAUCCAGCUCUAUCCAGCACCCUCACAGUCUAUUGCAACGUUCUGGAUUUGAACGACAAUGCUCCUUUGUUCGAUCCCAUGUCUUACAGCAACGAAAUUUUCGAAAAUGUCACUGUCGGGACGACAGUUGUGACUGUCAGUGCAACGGAUUUAGAUUCAGGAAAAAAUCGGGAAAUAUAUUAUUCGAUCACAUCCGGAGACGAACAUGGAGAUUUUGGAAUUUUCCAAAACGGCAGCAUACUCACCAAGAGGCAGCUUGACAGGGAAACGCAAGGAAUGUACAAUUUAGUAGUGACCGCUACUGACCAGGCUAUCGCACCAGAAAAAAGAUUGUCGUCCACGGUACAAGUCACCAUCAUCCUCAAGGACGUCAACGAUGUCUCGCCGCAAUUCCUCACCCCCGAAGAGACCUCGGUCGCCGAAAACAUCCCUCCCAACACGGUGGUGAUGGCCCUCAAGGCCGUCGACAAGGACGAGGGCAGGAACGGCUACAUCGAGUACUCCUUGGCCGAGGAUCCUGCCACCAAUGGCGUCUUCUCGCUGGGCCCUGUCGACGGGUUGCUGAGAGUUUCCGGCAGGUUGGACAGAGAGACGACGAGCAAUUACACUCUGGUGGUGCAGGCUAGAGAUCGCGGGGACCCUCCCAGAUCCACGAAUACCAAGGUGUUCGUGAAGGUCUUGGACGAGAACGACAACAGUCCCGUGUUCGAUCCGAAGCAAUACAGCGCAUCGGUGUCAGAAAACGCGUCCAUCGGAGCUAGCGUACUACAGGUAUCCGCCACCGACAUCGACGACGGCCUCAACGGCCGCGUUCGCUACUCGAUCAGCUCUGGAGACGCAAAUCGCGACUUCAGCAUCGCCGAGGAUACGGGCGUAGUCCGCGUCGCUAAGAAUUUGAACUACGAACGCAAGGCGCGCUACGAUCUGGUGGUGCGCGCCGAAGAUUGCGCAGGAGACUUGGAGGGGGGAGGCGCAGGAAGGGCGGACACGGCUAGGAUAACGAUCGCCGUGUCUGACGUCAACGAUAAUCCGCCCACCUUCUUGGACUCCCCCUACCUGGCCUACGUCAUGGAGAACGUGAUUCCGCCCAACGGCGGCUACGUCAUCACCGUCGAGGCAUAUGAUGCGGACACGCCGCCUUUCAACAACCUCGUGAGGUACUUCAUCAAGGAGGGCGACACGGACGUCUUCAGGAUAAACGCCUCCACGGGAGACGUGUCCCUGUCGCGGGCGCUGGACAGGGAGGUGCAGGACGAGUACGUGCUUAGCCUGGUCGCCAUGGAUACGGGUUCUCCACCACUCACCGGCACCGGCACAGUACGCAUAGUGGUUCAAGACGUCAACGACAACAGUCCCGAAUUCAAGCGUCAAGCCUACCACGCCACCAUUUCAGAAAAUGCGCCUGUAGGCACGUGGGUGCUCACCCCAGUAGCGAACGACAGAGACGUCGGCUUGAAUGGAAAAAUCAGAUACAGUCUCUUGGGAGACAAAGUGGAAAGAUUCAGGGUGGACCAGAGCACGGGGGUCAUCGCUACUACCCAGUCGCUCGACAGAGAGGAAACCAGCGCCUACUUCUUCACCCUUAUGGCUCAAGAUUGCUCGGCGACAGAGCCCAGAGCCACUGCUGUCAACCUCACGAUAACGGUGGCCGAUGAGAACGAUAAUUCCCCCACGUUUGAUGCCUCCAAGUACGAAAUCCACAUUAGCGACCAAACCAAAGCGGGGCAGUUCGUUUUCGGUGCGAGAGCUAAAGAUGACGAUACCGGCAACAACGCCAGAGUGUCCUACCAACUCACCGGCAAACACGCCACGAAUUUCACGAUCAAUGAGAAAACCGGAGUCAUCAAAGCCUCCUACAACUUGCAACGGUCAUCCAGCAGCGUGUUCCACCUAGAAAUCCUGGCGACGGACGGAGGAAAAGUACCGAGAAGAGCCAGUACCGAGCUGAAGGUGUUCUUGAAGCCGGACUACUUGUUUCCCAGAUUCGCGACCCCGUACAAAACAAAAUUCGCCGUACUAGAAAACGUCCGUCAAGACAUCGAACGGUUCGUAGCAACCUCCCCCAAGAAAGGCCCAGCAGGUGAAAUCAAAUACGCGAUAGCUGGAGGCAAUGUCGGUGAGGCCCUAGAAGUAGAUAGAAACUCGGGAGAAGUCCGAGUAGCGGCUCGGGGCCUAGACUACGAACUGUCUCCACAAUACGAAGUAUGGAUCGAAGCCGAAGAUUCCGAUAUCCCACCGCUUAAAAGCGUUCUGCAACUCACCAUCGACGUUACUGAUGCCAACGAUAACGCUCCUGUGAUGGACAACCUCCUGUACAACGCUACCGUCAUGGAGGAAGAGACCCCACCGCUUUUGGUCGUUAAAGUUACCGCUAUGGAUGCAGAUUCUGGGGACAACGGACAAGUUACCUACAGCCUUCUGGAUGACCAUGAUGGUAGCUUCGAAAUUGAGGAAGAAAGCGGGGAGAUUUACACCAAUGCUCCUUUAGAUCGCGAGGAUAUCUCGAGCUAUGAGCUGACUGUUCUAGCUAGAGACAAGGGUACACCUGAACUAACCGGAUCUGCAACAAUUCUAGUAACAGUUCUGGACAAAAACGAUAAUCCUCCGAGAUUCACGAGAUUAUUCAGCGUCAAUGUGACGGAAAACGCAGACAUUGGUUCGUUCGUCAUCAAAGUCACCAGUUCAGAUCUAGACAUCGGAGAGAAUGCUAAUGCCAAUUAUAGUUUCACCGAAAAUCCCGGAGACAAGUUCAAAAUCGACGUCGUAACGGGCAACGUGACGGUUAUAGGUCACUUGGACCGUGAACAACAAGACGAAUAUGUCUUGAAGGUGGCUGCAGUAGAUGGGGCUUGGAGAUCAGAAACACCGCUAACAAUCACAAUCCAAGACCUAAAUGACAACGCCCCCGAAUUCGAACACUCCUACUACAGCUUCAACUUUCCCGAACUGCAAAGAGAAAUAGUUUUCGUAGGACAAGUCACCGCCACCGAUCGAGAUAAACAAGGUCCCAACUCAGUAAUCAGUUAUUCUUUGCAACAGCCAUCCGACCUAUUUACUGUCGAUCCAGCUUCGGGUGAGAUCUUCAGCAAACGAAGCCUAAGGUACAAGUACACCCCCAUGGAGUCCUCUCCCGAAAACAUGUACUCCCUGACGAUCUUAGCGACUGAUAACGGUAAACCACCAAUGUCAUCCGAAUGCCUUGUAACUAUCAACGUCGUCGAUGCUAAUAACAAUGCUCCAAGUUUCGAGCAACAAGAGUAUCUAUCCCCAGUACCUGAAGAUGCUGUUGAAGGUCAACAGUUACUGAAAGUAGUUGCUAAAGACGAGCUAGACGUUGGGGUGAACGCAGAAAUAGAAUAUUCCAUUACGGGUGGUAACGGCUCAAAUAAUUUUAUAGUAGACAGCAUCAGUGGAUGGAUAACGGUCAAUAAAAAAGUCUCGGGAGUUGGCACUGUUUAUAAUCUGCAAGUUCGUGCCAUUGACAAAGGUAUUCCACCUCAAGAGAGCGAAGUCGCGGUUACCCUCAUAGUGACGGGCGAAAAUAGAUUCAGCCCCGUUUUCACUGCUCUAAGCUACCAAGUUAUUGUACCAGAAAACGAACCUCUUGGCUCAACUAUUCUGACAGUGAGUGCAUCUGAUGGAGAUUCAGGUCCUAACGGUAUGCUGAGAUACAGAAUUUCCGCUGGCAACGAAAGAAAUGAAUUCGCAGUUGACACUGUGUUGGGAUCAGUUAUCAUACUACAACCGCUCGACUAUGAUACCAUCCAGGAGUACCAUUUGAAUAUCACAGCUGAAGAUUUAGCAUUCAAACAACGUCGCACCACUGCCAUGUUGACCAUCACUCUGACUGAUAUAAACGAUAACUCCCCGGUAUUCAAUCAAUCUUCAUAUGACGCUUUUCUGUCAGAAAAUUUGCCAAUAAACAGCGUGGUUUAUCAAGUCGUGGCUACGGAUAUAGAUUCUCCCAAAAACGCCAUCAUAGAGUAUUCGUUCUCCGAAAUCCCAGACAGGUUCAACUAUUUAUUCCAAAUCGACAAAAAGACCGGAGUUAUAACCUCCAAGGUCAGCUUCGACUACGAGGAGGAGACCAUGUAUACUUUGAGCGUAUUGGCGGCCAAUCCAGAUUCAACAAUGUCUAGCAACACAAUUGUACAAGUUCACAUAACAGGCGUUAAUGAAUUCUAUCCCAGAUUCAUCCAACCCGUUUUCCACUUUGACGUCUCCGAGUCGACAGAAGUAGGUACCAGAGUCGGAACAAUUCAAGCUACUGACCAAGAUGCAGGUGAAGAUGGCAAAGUCUACUACCUGUUCGUAGGAUCAAGCAAUGACAAGGGUUUCAGCAUCAAUACCGAGACUGGCAUCAUAAGCGUUUCUAGAAACCUAGACAGAGAAACUCAGAGUAGAAUAGUUCUGACCGUCAUGGCUAAAAAUUUUGGAGGUAUACGUGGCAACGAUACUGAUGAGGCCCAGGUGAUAAUAACUGUGCAGGAUGGUAACGACCCACCAGAGUUCCUACAGAGCCUUUACGAAUCAGAUGUGUCGGAAGGAUCUAGAAUCGGAACAAAGAUAACAACAGUCAAAGCAGUGGAUAAAGACGUUAGAGCACAAAACAACCAGUUCAGUUAUUCCAUCAUAGGGGGCAACGUUGAGCAAGCUUUCAAGAUAGACCCUCAAAAUGGAGAAAUCCAAACUGCUAAGGCUCUAGACAGGGAAGCGACCCCUCUGUACUCCCUCGUUGUCGGUGCGAUAGAUACAGGUAUACCACCUCAAACUGGUACUGCUUUGGUUAAAAUACAAGUCACCGAUAUCAACGAUAAUGGUCCUAUAUUCGAUCCUCCACAACCUGUCGGUUAUGUUCUCGAAAACAAACCUCCCAACACAAGGGUGAUGACGUUGAGUGCCAAAGAUCCCGAUUUACCUCCAAACGGAGCACCUUUCACCUACAAGCUCCUAGGUGGUAAGCACAAAGACUAUGUCAAGAUAGACAAACACUCAGGGAUCAUUGUUACUACCAAAGUUAUCGAUAGAGAGUUGACACCAGAACUGAACAUCGUAGUGGAAGUUGAAGAUAGUGGGGUACCGAAAAUGAGGUCUCAACAUAACGUCAGGAUCGAGAUUCAAGAUGAGAACGAUAGUCCUUCGAGUUCAAGAUCGGUACACGUUCUCGUCUAUUCAUUUAAUGGAACUCAUCCCUUGGGAAAUAUCGCCAAUGUACACCCCAACGACCCAGAUCUAGUGGGCGAUUAUAGAUGCAAGAUUCUACAGAAACCAACCAUCACAGGAGUGUUAUCUAUACCUUCUGGUUGUAACCUUCACACUUCUCGCAUAACUCCAGGUCAAGGUUAUUCCCUUUCAGUUACUGGAAACGAUGGUAAACAUUCAGAUGUAGUCUCUACUGUCACAGUGGAGUUUGUGUCCUUCGACAACACCACUGUCGAAAACUCGAUAACAGUAAAAAUCGCCAAUCUCACUGCAGAACAGUUCCUCGCUCAAUACUACAGAGGUUUAUUGGAUAUUCUCAAAAACAUACUGAGCUCAGAAGAAAACCUCAUGUUGUAUAGCUUGCAUGAAAAUGAAUACGAUUUAGAACUUACAAUGGCGAUUAGGUUGAGUAGUGGAAUCGGUUACAAAAACAGGUUUCACACCAUGGAAAAAGUUCAAAAGAAAAGCGAAGCUCUUGUUAAUCUAUUCCAGACACCAGAUAUCAAAAUCGGAUACACUCCCUGUAACGACAGAACUUGCGAGAAUGGUGGUAUUUGCUCAGAAACUCUAACAGUAAAGGAAACCACGGAAAUAACAGAUAGCCAAAACAUAAUAUUCACCUCACCACUAGUAUUCCACGAGUACAAGUGCCAAUGUGCUGAUGGCUUUACGGGCUCCACUUGCAACAAAAGGCAAGAUCCAUGCCUACCGAAUCCCUGCAAAUCUGGAGGACAAUGCAGAAGGCAAGGUUUCACCUUCCAAUGUAUAUGCCCUUCAGGCAAAGACGGCCGCCACUGUGAAACUCAAAAAGACGACGCAUGCUCAGACAAUCCUUGUCAGAAUGGAGGGUCUUGCCGAGAGAGUCCCGAUGGUUCUUCCUUCUUCUGUCUAUGCAGGUCUGGCUACAAAGGCAACCAAUGUGAGGUCUUGGCAGAUUCUUGUAGACCCAACCCUUGCCUGCAUGGUGGUUUGUGUGUCAGCCUCAAACCAGGGUACAAAUGCAGCUGUAUCGAUGGCAGAUACGGUCGUCACUGUGAAAGGACCACGUACGGCUUCACAGAGCUUUCUUACAUGAGUUUUCCCUCCCUGGACGCCGCUACCAAUGACAUUUCUUUCAUAUUCGCCACCACCAAACCUGACGCUUUGCUGGUGUACAACUACGGCCUUCAAACUGGAGGUAGAAGUGAUUUCGUUGCCGUGGAACUGGUCAGAGGUAAAGCUCUAUUCUCGUUUGGUGGAGCUAGGACAGCAAUCACUGCCGUCAGUGUUGGAGGAAAGAGUAACAAUCUAGCGGAUGGGAACUGGUACAAGAUCACAGCUACUAGGAAUGGGAGGGUGGUAUCACUGAGCGUCGGUGGUUGUACAGAGCAAGGAGACCUUUGUGAAGAAUGCAGACCUGGGGAUAGUACAUGCUAUGCAGAUGAAAUUGGUCCUAGCGGGACAUUGAAUUUCAACAACCAACCCCUCCUAAUCGGCGGUCUACUCAGCGCAGACCCCAUCUUAGAACGUCCUGGCCAAGUUCACUCAGACGAUUUGGUAGGGUGUGUUCACAGCGUGUGGGUCAAUGGCCGCCAACUCAAUCUCUCUCAGCCACUAGCGUCGGAAGGCGUCGAACACAAGUGCAUUCAGAGUAGCCAAUGCAGCAAGCCAUCCAGCGACCCCUGCCUAGGCUAUGGAAAGUGCAUAGAUCGUUGGAACUACGUAAGCUGUACGUGUGGUGGCGAUCUGAUAUCGCCGAACUGCCAUACAGCUCUGCAGCCAAUCAGCGUCAGCGCUGGCAGCUACGUCGAGUUUGUGAUAUCGAAGAAACACAGGAGGAUGCAGCUAUUGGACAACAUGUACAGAGGUUCUACACUUUGGGGUCAUCACAGGACAAUCAGGAAUACUGUAUCGUCUAGCCAAGACUCUUCGAAUGAUGCUACCGAUAAAUCUGUGAGCAUCUUGUUCAGGACUGUACAGCAGAAUGGCAUCAUCCUCUACGCCACCAGCAACAACUAUUACACCUCCAUAGAACUCAUCAACGGCCAGAUUCAUUAUAUCAGUAAGCUUUCCAGCGUAAUCAAUAUGACAGAUAGUCACACUACUAUAACAGAUGGAAGCUGGCAUAACUUGACGCUAUUCUCAAGAGGUCGUGGCAUCAGAAUCUUGUUAGAUGAAACGAAGUUCGGAGAUGAGCUAGAUUCGGCUAGCGUCCACGACUUCCUAGACCCUUACUUGACGUAUCUGUCCAUUGGAGGUGCUGCGGCUAAUCUAUAUUACGCUCACGACUCGUCUCCGCAAUCCUUCGAAGGCUGCUUCAGCAAUUUCACCAUCAACAACGAGAUACAGCCGUUCAACGGUUCCGGUAGCAUCUUCCAUCAAGUCACCUUCAAAGGGCGCGUCGCUAGGGACUGCAUAGGACCCAUUGGGGUCGGUACUGCAGCUGCCCCUGAUCCUCUAAGCAUCGGUAUCACCCUUGUCAUUGUUUUCUUCGUCGUUUUACUUGUUGCCAUAUUAGUCUCGUUCGUAGCUUUCAGACUUAGAAAACAAUACAAGGAAAAAGGCAGUGCUUCUAACAGUACUUCCGCCAUACACACCAAACAAAACGGAGGUGGAGGCAUGAUGAACACAAACGGAUUGAACGUUGGCAACGAUAACGUUCUCGGAAGGGUGCUGCACGGCAACGACAACUCCAUGUCGUACCACGCCGACGGAGACGUCAUCAGAGGAAUCGGAGGUCUGCCCCUCGUAGGACCCGAGCUGCUCUCGAAAAAGUACAAAGAACGCGACAUAAACCAAGGGGAAGUGCCCAGACCACAACGACCUGACAUCAUAGAGCGCGAAGUGAUGAGCAAGAGCCCCCCCAUGAGGGAAGACCACCACCCCCCUAUGCCACCCACCUCCAAUCACACUCACGACCACGGCCCUCCCACCGACAUGAGCUCAGAAAUGCCCGAGCACUACGACCUGGAAAACGCCAGCUCGAUAGCCCCCUCCGACAUCGACAUCGUGUACCACUACAAGGGGUACCGCGAGACCGGCGGCAUCAGAAAGUACAAAGCCACGCCCCCGCCCGUCGCCGGCUUCCACCACAAGCACGGCACCGCCCAAGGGCAGGCGCAGCACAGGCACUCGCCCCACCAUCCCGCCGGCUACCCUCCGAGAGCCCCGCCCGUCACUAGUCCGGGGGCGCGGCCUCACCAGAGCACGCCUCUCGCCAGGCUGAGCCCCAGCAGCGAGAUGAGCGCGCAGCAGCCGAGGAUACUGACCCUGCACGACAUCAGCGGCAAGCCGCUGCAAAGCGCCUUGCUGGCUACCACCUCCAGCUCUGGCGGCGUCGGCAAAGACAACAGCGAGCGCAGCCUGAACAGCCCGGUGAUGUCGCAGCUCAGUGGCCAGAGCUCCGGCUGCAGGAAGACCACAGCCCCACCGGGGCAAGUCAACUCCUCCCCGGCCGGCAUGGGGCUGACGGCCGAAGAGAUCGAAAGACUGAAUUCCCGUCCGCGAAACUCGAGCCUGGUGUCCACGCUGGACGCCGUGUCGAGCUCGAGCGAGGCGCAGCGAGGGGGGCCUCACUUGAGGCACUCGCCGGUGCCCGAGACGCAUCACAGCAGCACCACCACCGACGAGAGCGGCAACGACAGCUUCACCUGCUCGGAGAUCGAGUACGACAACGCUAGUUUGACGGGCGACAAGUACAAGCCGAGCGAGGCCGAUUCGAGGCGGAACGACUCGAGCUCCGUGGGGAACAAGAGCAACAUCCCGCCGCCGUCGUACGACGGGUUCGAUUCCUCGUACAGGGGGUCGAUGAGUACGCUGGUGGCGUCGGAUGAUGAGCUAGGAGGGCCCAUGUAUAGGCCCGGUACGGGUUCUCCGCCGAAUACUGCGCUGGGUUGGGACUAUCUGCUCAACUGGGGGCCGAAUUUCGAGAGCUUGGCGGGGGUGUUCAAGGACAUUGCUGAAUUGCCUGACUCGGUAAACGGCAGGGUGCCUAGUUCUUUGAGACUUGCGAAUGCUCCGAAACCGUCGGAGGAGUAUGUGUAGUGAGGUGCGUGUUUGGUAGGGCGAAAAUACUUUUUAUUCGAAUUUUUAUGUGUCCUUGUAUCAAGGUCUUUGUAAUUUUCUUGCCAUAUU